AUGAUGAAUAUUUUUAUAGUAUCAAUUUUAUUCACAACAUUACUCUCAUGCCAAGUCCAAUAUAACAACGACCUUAAAUUCGAUUUCAGCAAUGUAUAAGCUAACAAUUUGGUUUAUGGAAAUGAUGGGAAAUCCUUAUACAUCACAUUGUGCGGACUUUUAAAUUAUAAAUGUGAGAAGUAAGAAUCCACCAGAGUUUUGGAAGAGACCAAAACUGAAACAAACAAUGCAAGUACAGACACUGCAACUACUACAACAGAUACUGAAAAAUCAAAUGAAAACAAUGCAAGUACAGAACCGACAACAGAUACUAAGAAAGAAGACAAUAAUACUAAUAGUGAUACUACUUCCACUUCAACUGAUACAAAUAUUCCUCAAAUAGAUGAUAAGACAACUGAUGAAAAGAAAACUAAUGAUGAUACAAAUAUUCUUAAGUAGGUAGAUAAAGAUUAAUCACAAUCACUUAUUGUUGCAGAAAAAAACACAUGCACUCCAUAUUCUGAAUAAAGCAAUGUGGAUACGAACUAAUUAACUUUAUUGGUUGAAAAUAAACCAUUUGAGGGAUUGGUUAUUGAAAGAAGAGGAAUCAUAGAAAAGGAGACUUUUAAAUUACAAUUGAAGUGUUCGGAAUCAGAUGUCUUGACAGUACAAGACUCUGAUAAAGAUGGAUAUCUAUUCAUCCUUACAACAUCUUCUGCUUGUCCAAUACUAGUCUAUAACCCUGUGACUUAAUUCUUUAUUGAUUUUAAAUGGAUGUUCUCCAUAGUCCUUUGGGUGAUUGGAAUAUUCUUCUUACUCUUCGGAUACUAAUUAGCAUAAUUGUCAUCUAUGAUUUUAGCUUCUAUAAUGGGCUUCGGAUUUACUACUAUUGUCAUUGGAGAGGCCACUUUAAAUAGUGAAUCGAGUAAUGCCGCCUUGUGUGUUGUCAUAGGAUCAGGAGUGUUAGUGGCUUUCAUUUAUUUCAAUGCUUCAAUGCAGAGAUUCUUUUUCCUUCUAUUCAACUUUGGAUUCAGUGUUGGCGUGAUCAUAUCCUUGAUGAUUCAAUCCAUAUUUUACUAUACGAUCGAAACAGACUUGAUGUUCUUUCCUUUGACAACGUCCAUCGUUACAUCUGGAGUGAUUUUGGGUUUACUUGGUCUCAGAUUCAAUCUCCAAAUGGGAAUUGUGUCCACUUCUUUAGUUGGAGUAAGAAGUAUAUUAUAACCUAGGCUUACUGCCUAAUCAGACCUAUUGGAUUUAUUGCUGGAGGUUAUCCCAAUGAGUUAUUAUUAACAAAAUAGGCUGAAUACGGGUUUGAUAUCAAGACAGGCUAUUCAGUUUAUGUGUAUAAUGUCAUGAUCAUCUUGGUAGCCAUUUUCUGUGGAGUAUUUUAAAGAAGAUAGCACUUAAAGAGAGUGGCCCUUGAUGACCAGUUGUAGGCAGAUAUUAAAUAUUACGAGAUGGGCAACGUGGAGGAUGAGGAGAAAUAAGUAAAUCCUUUAGUUCUAUCUCAUAGAAAAGACAAAGCAAGAAUAGUGAUAAGAAUGUGACAGUCAUUUUCGCCAAACAUCUUGAAAAUUAAGGAGAGGAACUUUAAGAUAAAAAAAGACAUUCGCAUCUAACUGGAAGUGAUAUCAAUGAUUGA